AUGAAGCGAAGAACACUAGUACUUUCUGGCUUCUUAUUGAUACUACUAACGUCGCUCUAUAUAGGCUUUUUGUUUAAAACUGUGCCUGGACUAUUAUUCUCAAAUUCGAACGAACAUAGUUCUAGUUCUUCGAACACAACUUCAAACGAACAUGUCUCUAAUUCUUCGAACGCAACUUCAAACGAACAUGUCUCUAAUUCUUCGAACACAACUUCAAAUGAACAUGUCUCUAAUUCUUCGAACACAACUUCAAACGAACUUUCUAAUUCUUCGAACACGAUUUCAAACACGGCUCCAAAAAAUUAUAACAAAACCCUUGGCUUCGAACACAUUUAUGUUAUUAACCUUCCUCAUCGACGAGACAGACAUUUCAAGAUGGGGGACAUAGAGGAAGUUCUUGAAUUGGAUUUCGAAUUUUAUCCGGGUGUUAGCAAUAAUGAUAGCGAGAUUCUUGAUAAAUAUGAUUUCAAUAUUCCGCUGAACAUUAAAACAUGCUACGUUAGUCAUUAUAGAGUCUACGAAUCAAUUGUCCGUAACGGAUACAAUAGCUGCUUGAUUCUGGAAGAUGAUGUUGACGUUGAGAUGGACAUCAUAUCGAUCAUGACUGACGUUUACCGCAUUCUACCCGACGAUUGGGAAAUGCUAUACCUUGGACAUUGCAAUUGGGACGGAGACGGCAAAUUAAUAGGUGAUACCGGGAGUUUUCAACUAUAUGAAUCCAUAUAUCCAGUUUGCACACAUGCUUACGCAGUUACUCUCUCCGGCGCCAAAAAGUUAUUAAGCGAGCUUACUGAACCAAUUUAUGCAAUCGAUAUCGAAUUAAUGGAAAAGAUUACACAAAAAAGAUUCAAAUCCUACACAAUGGAACCAUCGGCCAUCGUUCAAUGGAAAUCGAAGGAUAAUCCUUCCGACAUUUUUCAUGCAGGCAAACCAUGGACCUAUCCUCUAAAGAAAUCCACCCUGCAUUACCUUGGGUUUCAGGAAAUUAAAUAUGAUUAG